UUCACACAUAUAAUUUUUCACAGAUUUUGAAGACACAGUUCACGAGCAAGUGCUUUCACCGAGGAGCCAAAUGUAGGAGAGGCAACAGAUGCCGCAAUAUUCGUCCAUAAAUUAUAAACACUGCAGCUUACAGCCGUAACCGAUUUUUACUUGCAAGUGAAUAACAAGGACAAAUUGAUUGAAAAUUUAGCGUUAAAUAGUGGAUUAUUUGAAAAAUAUCAAAGAAAUAAACGUUGGAAAGAACUGUGACGUCCUAAUCUUCCAUACUACCCUAAAAACACGAAGAUGUCGAGCCGACCUACAAGUGCCGUGUUCUUGAUGACUCUCCUGGCCUGCGCUGUCACGGUCGUGUCGUCCAGGGAAGCAGCCACGACAUCAGCUGGGAGACCAAGCGUCGUGGGGGAUGAAAAUGAAAGUUUGUACCCGCGUCGCUUCAACCAAAAAAGCGGAGAGUUGAUUAUAGACGCGAGCGCUGCUUCUGAAGACGAUAGCGCGAGAUCUGAUACUCCGAAUUAUUUGAAUGUCACCAAAAAAUCAUACUUUCGCAGAGAAGUUUCGAGACAUGAUAAGAACAAUCCAAUAAAUCCCAUUAAGAAUAGCAACUAUUUUUCCUCAAAGGACGAGAAAAUACCAAAAGAAAUUACAGUUUCGCAUUCACAAGUUCCUCGUCAUCAACCUACUGCGCUAUCCAAGUCUCCAGUGCAGAACGUGAAAGCAGUUCGGGUUUCAAACUCUUCAAAGAAAAUUCUGAGGAUAAGACGACGGCCGAGGCUGUUGAAAAACAACCCUCAAAACUCAGAUCAGAACGACCAAAUUACUCAGGAAUUCAUGAAAUCUCCAAAUGCUGACGAUGUUCACAAUGUAGAGCCUCGUAAAAGAAGGCGAAUCAAAAAGACAAAAUCAGGCUCAAGAAAUCCACGACUUGUCGAACCCAGUGACGAAGACAUCACACACACGCGUGUUGCUCCCACUCGCGUGGGUCGGAGAAGAAAAUUGCGGAAAAAUUCAUUGUUACGACAGUUCAAAAAUUCAAAUCGACAUUCAUCGCCUGAUGGUAGCCAGGAACGAAAAUUAAAAAUGUUUAAUUACCGAGUACCCUGCUUUGCUAACGGAAACGACCAACUGGCGGUUGGGACGGCGACGACAUUGAAAGCUAGACAAAGAUACAAUUACCCUGUCAGGCCAGAUGCUCUCUACCCAUCUCGGGAAGUCAACUCAGAGCGCCUGAUUACCGAAUCAGUGAUAACACAAACCAAUCCUAAGGACACUCAAAUAAAAUAUAAUAUUGCUCGAAAUGUGCUGUCGUCAAAUCUCGAAGGAACACAGGACGAAAUUCAAAUCGGAGAAGACCCAAUCCGCGAACAAGUGAAUAGCGGGUUCCAGGGAGGACCGAAAAUUCAUUUGCGGACAGUCGAGCAAGUUCAAGGAAGUGACCCUAGAACACCCGUUUACUAUCCAAAAUCCUUCAGAAAAAUGCGAGCUUCUGCAGGAGGAAGAUUAAAAACAAGAAAAAGAAACUAUGAUCCUAAACCUAAUGAUCACAGAAACGAUCUUAAGCUAUCAGAAGUAAAGAACAACACCGUCGGAAAUCAUUUGUCUGACGACGUCGAAACCAAGUUCCAAGAACCGAACGAUACAGAGGAUGAGGAAGCGUCGGUUCAACCUCCGCUUCCAAAACGUGCUAAGAAAAUGAUUGAUCACGUGAGACAACAUUCGCCGAGAAGUGCUGAUCGAGCUCCUAUAUUUCAAGACAAGAGAACUCACCCUCUGGAGAUCCAAUACUAUGACGCCCUUGAAGACGAGAUUAGAAAAUCUUCAUUCCUAACAGAAUCUGUGAGAUUAGUUUCAUCAGAUACUUUCAGAGAUCUCGUGAAGUCAAACAGGACAAAGAAAGUAUCUACAGAUAAGCAAGUUAAAAGUGAACAAAAGCUACCAAUCUUGGUUAAAAAUAAUUUAAAGCCUAAUAAGCCAGAAAUUCAUAUCUUACAAAGUCAGAAUAUUGUCUUUGAGAAUCCUUUCUCUGACGAAGUAUCUAAGACAACCACAUCAGAUACGAAUGAAAAAUCCUUUAAUGAAGCCAAGAAGUGGCAAGACUACUAUAUGAACUUGAGAAAUCAAGCGAAACAUGUGGGUGGCGACGACAGUUUAAAAGCACAAGAUGAUUAUCACAGUUUCGGCAAUCCUUCAGUUUCCAAAGACUACUACCACAAUUGGGACAGUAUACCGAGAUAUCGUCUUCAACCUUCCACCAAAACGAACCCGAAUUUAUUAGCAGAUCCUGAGCUUGACGCAAAAAAUCCUCCAAGUCGAACGAAUUCUGAAAAUAAUCUAAAUUCUAACUUUCAGAUACAAACUGUGUUUUCUGAUCCAAGUUCUAACGAAGAUCAUCAAGGACAAGGACCCAUUACUAGCGUGCCUAUCCAUUUUGUUCGAGUGCAUCAAGCGCAGCAUGGAAAACUCAACGAGGUUGACCACGAACAUAGAUUGCAUGGUGUAUACCGAAGCCCCGGCAGAAGAAACGAAGGAAAUUAUGCUGGAAAUGUAAGAGAUUCAAAUUAUCCCGAAAAAAUUAAUGUUAAUGUAAAUAGCUUGGACAAUACUAAGAAAAAUCCUAUACAUUUUGAUAAAUACGUCAAGUUAACACAUUCAUCCCGUGAUAGAAGUAGAAUAUAUCACGAUUAUCCAGAUUUAUUUUAUGAAUAUUUAACAGCCAGUGUUUAUGGUGACAAUAAGUCCCAUGAGAUUGGAAGCACACAUGCAAUCACAUCCCCGCUGAGAGUAAAAAACCCCAACAUUAUUCGCCCGACGACGAAAACGAUACCUUUAGCUCCAAUGCCUUCGAUAGAUGAACUGUAUAACUUCAAGGAAAACGACAGACCUGCUCCAGAUUCUGCACGAAGAUAUCACGGCCAGGAAUGGCAACAUGACAGAGAUGCCCUUUAUCCGUGGAGAUAUGAACGCCUGCAGAAUUAUUUACCUACUCGCCCAAUUCAUCAAGGUCGCGUCAAAAGCAUAGUCAUUGAUCUCUCAGAACCGCAAAUGUUUCCUCAGAAGGCCACCGGUUCAGAGGCUCAACGCGACACUAAAUUUGCUUUAAGUAAAGCAGAUGUUCCUGAUGUUACCCAGCGUACCUCCGUGUUCGACUCGUCUGUAACGUCAAUACAAAUUCCAAACGUAUCGACGGAGUCGAAACUUAUUUCGAAUGUUCUGGCGCGGAGUAAUAUCUUCAAAUCCAUGGCUAGUUCACGAAACGCAAAUAGCGGGACGAAAAAAUCACCGGAAAGCUACAGAUUAGGAAACAGAUUAUACUUCAAUAGCGGUAAUGCACAUCGGCAAGAGGAAAGGAAUGUCCUUCGCAAUUAUGAGCGGGACAUUGAUCGGUCGCAAGAUUGGACACCGAUCCCCUCGCCUUACUUUGAGUCACCGGAUUCUUCUCUCUACCAGGACUCCAUCAUCUUCCCUUCAAUGCCAUUUACACAAACUUGAGUUCCCUUUCAAUAAAUCCGCUACCGUCAAUGACAUAUGAGUUGCCACUCGGUAGAUAGAGCACUUGACUCACCGCUCGAUCCUCAAUAAAAACCAUAUAAUACUGGUCAAUACUACGACUUAUGAGGUUUGAUUAUCACUUAAUAACUGCCAAAGUGUUCUUAUUUCGCUAGGGAGUUAUGUUUCAUUUUUGCCAAUAAAAUAGAUCGUUGCUAUUGAAGGCCGGCGACGAGAGUGCUGUGGCGACUUUAAGUGACAUUGGUGUUAGUCUAUUCUCCGCAGAAAUGCUCCCCGAGCUUUAUAAUAUCAAAUAUAGCCAUAUAGGUGUAGUGGAAGGUAUGUUGUUUCAAGGUCACUGUUAAUGCACUAUAAUCUUCAAGAACAUUCAGGGUUUCCAGGGUAAAGUACAUAACUCAUUACAUUCAUUUCUUCACUUAUGUGGUCUAUAUAGCUUACUCGUUACUCAUAUGCUGCAGUUAUAUCGCAUUGUAUCUUGUUCACAACGUUAGCCAUUUAUAAAGAAGCGUUGUAUUUUGGCUGAUAUGUGUCGAAAAUAUCAGUCUCAGUCGCCAGAGUGAUGCGUGAUGGUAGUGAGUGUUUUGGGCAUAACACUAUGGUUUAAAGACACUUACAUUUAAGGGUAGAGGAACACCUCAGAGCAUUAAAAGAAUUUAAUUGUACUCACUGUGAAGAUAAAACACUUUUAUUAAAAUUAAAUAAAAAAUAA